AUGGCUGGAGGAGACACAGGCGGCGGGGAUCAGCGGGCGCGCAGAAGACCCCGACGUUCAACCACACUGAGGAGUAUGUUACCUCACGUCAGAAUAAUUAGCUCCGAAGAAAACACCGUUGAGUUGACAGCUCACCACCUGAAAGAAGCCGAGAGGACCAGCUGGCCGCCUCCGAGGACCUGCAGAAGGCCAUCCGACUCGCCAAGGAGCUGCAGAGGCCAAGAGGCUGUACAAGGGCGUGAGGAUCCUGUGCUGGGUCCUGAUGUACCCGAAGGCACACGGGACCAAAGCCAGGCACAUCCGGGCCACGUGGGGGAGGCGGUGCAACAAGCUCAUCUUUAUGAGCACGAAGGAUGGUAUGUGUUGGUGGACAAUUUACGUUAUGUGUUACAAGAUUAUGACACCAACGAUCCAUUGUACUUUGGCCAACAUUACAAAAUCUAUGGAGGAUACAAUACAGGAGGUAAGUACCUAGUGUAG